AUGGGCAGGAUUGUCUUCUACGAGGACAAGAACUUCCAGGGCCGUCGCUACGAGUGCGACAGCGACUGCUCGGACUUCCACACCUACCUGAGCCACUGCAACUCCAUCCGGGUGGAGAGCGGGGCCUCGGUGGUGUACGAACGGCCCAACUACACGGGCUACCAGUACGUCCUGGCCAGGGGGGAGUACCCAGAGUACCAGCGCUGGAUGGGCCUCAGCGACCGCCUCAGCUCCUGCAAGAUGGUCCACUUUACCAGCGGGACCCUGUACAAAAUGCAGCUGUAUGAGAAGGCCGACUUCGGAGGCCAGGCCUUCGAGGCCACGGAGGACUGCCCCUCUCUCCUGGAGAAGUUCCGCUGGAGGGAGGUCAACUCCUGCAAGAUCUUCGACGGCUGGUGGGUUUUCUACGAGCACCCCAACUACCGCGGACAGCAGUACUUCCUGAGAAGGGGGGAAUACCGCAAGCCCGGCGACUGGGGUGCCGUCAGCCCUGCGGUCCAGUCCUUCAGGCGCUUCACUGAAUGAUUUAAACCCUCCAU